AUGAGCCCUGUAUCUGGCUCUAUUAUGCCGGGCACAGUUCACCGCGAACCAAUGUCACCUCGAUGUCGACUGUGGCGAAUGGGCGAGCUCGAAAACGCGCUGCCAAGAACUGUGUCUGAGUCUGGCCAUAUCGUUGUAAGUCCGAACUCGAGCGGUUUAUGCACCUGCAGCCGAUGUCAACGCGAAAAUCUGGACCGCUUGGAAGAGCUGGAACGAACUGUCCAAGAUCUCACGCGGCAGAACGCCGACAUGCGCCAGCAAUUCGACGACCUUCAGCAAAAGAACCAAAGCAUCAGAGAACGAGCACAGCGCAUCGAGACGUGCGCCAUCUGCUGCUUCCCUUAUUCUGAAGAAAGAGACAAUGUCGAUGCGAGCAACAGAUGCACGUUCAGAAAAUGCGGCCAUAUCUGUUGCACGAAAUGCGUUCAGCAGCAGCUCUCCCUCGCGCAAUCGGGGUAA